CUUUCACUUUUGAUUUAAGUGCAUGGCCAUGCGUCAGGCUUGGUUUUUCACAACAACGCAGAAAACAGUUUCCGCUUCAAGCAAAGACGUUAAUUGGCCUCUCCUCGUUUCGACACUCUGAAACUAUCGCUGUUUUUGACACAAAAGAAAAAGAUUGAAGAACAUAAAAGUCAUAGGGGUCUGUGUCCUGAGGAAGCUACAAGCCAUGAGUGACAAGGAACAGGGUUGGUUGCCACUGGUUUCAGAACAGGCUGCCGUUCUGGCAAGGUGUGGUGAAGCCUUUUGUCAUGCUGUUAAUGUCAAAUUUAAUUGCACGGCUAUUCUCCGCAAUGUGGAAGAGGUUGGCUCCUUUGGUAGUAGCACAAGUGGUGUCUGGCGCGCUGAGAAGAGGUACUCCACAAAGCUGUCCAGCGGAGUCGAAGUAUCAGUCUGGAAAGAUGAUCUUACACGUCACAAAGUGGAGGCUGUGGUCAAUGCAGCCAAUGAGAAACUUAAUCAUGGAGGUGGUCUUGCACAAGCACUGUGUGCGGCUGGAGGACCAAUGAUCCAGAAAUGGAGUGAUGUCAUUAUACAAAAAAUUGGACGAGUGAAAGUUGGUGAGGCUGUUCUCACUUCUGCUGGAGAUCUACCGUGUAAAUUUAUCAUACAUGCUGUUGGUCCCUGCUUGUCUCCAAACCCAUCCAAGUGGGAGACUGAUCAAGCUGCACCAUACUUAUAUGAUGCAAUCAACAGUAUCCUACGUAUUGUCUUAAAGGAAAACAUUUCCUCUGUUGCAAUUCCUGCCUUAAGUUCUGGCCUUUUCUAUUUUCCAAGAGAUCGCUGUGCAGACAUUAUUGUAAAGGCUAUAAAACUGUUUGAUGAAUGCACAAGGUUUCAAAGCAACUUAGAAAUCCGUCUAGUCAAUAAUGAUGAACCCUCGGUCCAAGAAAUGGAGAGAGCAGUUAAGGCGAUUUUGGUGCAGUCCAGCAUCUCUGGCACAUACAGUGGAGCUGUUCAGAGCAGCAUGGCUUUGUCUUCAAACAGCAAGUUCAAAUUUUGCAAUGUAACACUGCAACUGAAAACAGGGGCUAUUGAAGAAGAAAAGGUUCAUGUAAUUGUGAAUACAAUUUCAGAAGAUUGUAAUUUGUCCUUGGGGCUGAUUUCAAAAGCAAUUUUGAACAAAGCUGGCAGAAAGAUUCAAGAAGAGAUUUCCAGAGGAAAACACAGUAAAUCCACAAAUGUCCAUGUGACAAAAGGAUAUCAUCUGAAUUGUCAUGCAGUUUAUCAUACUGUUUGCGUAGUUAGAUCUGACCCUAUGGCCACACAGAUUCUUUAUAAUGUGGUCUCAGAAUGUCUGAGGAAAGCUUCAAUGGGAUACAAAUCCAUCUCCUUCCCAGCUAUUGGUACUGGUAAUCUGGGCUUUAAGAAAUUUGAGGUUGCCAAAAUCAUGACAGAUGCUGUGGCAAAUUUUGCCAAAAGUAACACGAAAGAACUGGAUGUAAACUUUGUUGUGUAUCCAAAGGACAAGGAGAUGAUGGAGGCUUUUGAAAACGAGAUGAAAAUGAGGAAGAGAGCAGCAGAGUCCCCAGUAGUGUACAAUGACAUAAAAAUAAACUUUGCAUUUGCAGCCAGUGAAACCACAGCACAUAAAAUGGCAUCUGUUGAGUUCGACAGUGUUUCCAGGGAAGCUCUGAGAGAAGCAAAAGAGUGGACAACCAAUAUGCUAAAGCCAUCAGAUAUCAUGACAAUAAAGAAUAAUCAUGUCAUAUAUCUUGGACAAGAAGACCAUGCAAGUCUUCUCUCUCUCCAAACAAUGUUGAAUGUUCGCAUUGAGGAGUUCUUCAGGAAUGGUGAAGGUGGCAUAACCAUCACUGGAAACCCUUCAAAUGUCAGUUGUGCAGCAAUUGAGGUGGAGUCCAUGCUUUGCAAGGCUCAGGAGGAGUUUGCACAAGCUGAGGAACGUGACAUGCUGUAUUCUGUUGUUCGCUGGAGCUGUAAAGAUGUACCUUGGAUACAAACACCUGAAAUCAGUGCAGAUUUGGAGAAAGCUUAUUUGGCAGGGAAUGUAAACCAUGAGAUUAAUACCCACAAAGUCAACUUGAUGAACAAGACUUUGGUUGAUGACUAUGGGAGAAGCAGCAAUGUGGAAAGGACAUGUCUGCUGGAUCGUUUUGAGUCUCUCAACAAUUCAUUUUAUUCAAGAACACCUGAGACCAGGAAUGAUUAUUUUGGAAAAGAAGCAUGGAAAGCCUUUAAUGUUGUAAAGAAGGAGAAGCUGGAGAACAUUGCGCUGAAGCAGCUGUUCAAAAUGAAUAUGCAGAGAUUGAAUGACAAACCGAAGUGCCUCUACCAGCGUGUGUCCGCUCAGUUCUGUGAUCUCAUCUGCAGAGUAGGCUUUCAGAAAGAGUUCGCACCUCCUGCAGAGCAAAGGUAUGGCAGUGGAAUAUACUUCAGCAGUACAGUCGAUGGAGCAAUGAAGCUGUGGAAAGACCAGGAACAUGAGCAGUACAUCUACAUCAUUCAAGCCCAGGUCCUCACUGGGAAGUCCACUAUUGGUUCCCCACAUCAUAUUUUGCCCCCUCCCUUACAUGGAGACCCUUUAGAUCGUUAUGAUAGCUUGUCUGACAUGGUGCAGACAUAUGUCAUCUUCAAUGGCCAGCAAGCUCUUCCUGAAUACCUGAUCAUAUAUCCCAGAUCAAGCCAUGUGUAA